GCUCUGGAGUCUACCGCUCACUGUACCGCUCUCGGGAGCAUCGUCUCCUUACCCCCAGCGUUCCGCAGAAUUUGUCAUUCCCAAGCCUUGGCUGGAUGGAGGAGAAGGCUGCGGGGAAGAUAGUCCAGGAUACUCAGGCAGGCACUGAGCUGUGGAUGGAGAUCAGGGAGGACAAAUCCCCCCCAGCAGAACCUCGUGGAAGAGGCUGUUUUGAGUGCUCCAAGGCACAUGAAGUCAACAGGGAGGAAAAGCCCCAGAGAUCCCGCAGGAGGAGGGCCUGUGAACCCAGCCCAUGGUACUAUGAGGAGGAAAGACACAUCCUGUUUUGGGAAGGCAGCCAAGCUCUGCUCUGGUGCUUGACCAGCAGCUUCAGGAUGGAGAGAUGUCCUACAAGUUCUUGGAAUUUUAGCAACAGCUCCGACCUCCUCAUCCACCAGUGGGUACACACCGGGAAACCGUCCUUUAAGUGUGAGGAAUGUGGGAUGAGCUUCAGCCAGAGCUCCAACCUGAACUGCUACCAGAAGAUCCACACUGGGGAAUGGCCCUACCGGUUCUUGGAAAUGCAGAAGGAGCUUUAGCCUCUGCUCCCAUCUGAUCCACCGCCAGAAGGUCCACGCUAGAGAACAGCCCUCCGUGUGCUUGGAAUUCAGGAAGAGCUUCAGGUGAAGUGCCUGCCUGGUCCUCCACCAGAACACCCACACUGGGGAACAGCCUUACACGUGUAGGGAAUGUAAAAAGAAGUUUAGUGACUGCU